CAUCGCGCGGCCGUGGGCGGCGCACGCCACGCUAUAUCACUAACACGAGCUAUUAUGGUUAGAAUACGAUAGAAAAUGCUGUUAACACGAGCGCUGCGGCGCGUCGCAUCUGUGCGGCCAGCAGCACUGCGCAGCGCAUCGACGGCCGCCGCGGUGCAAGACGCCACCGCCGCCGUGGUGCCAAAGCCGCCGCCGGACCCAAAAACCGUCGCGGACAUGCGGCGGCCCGAGUGGUGGUACCCGAAGGCGCGCCUGUCGAAGCGCACGAUCAUCUACCACGGCGGCCCCACAAAUUCGGGCAAGACCUACCACGCCCUCGAAGCACUGAAGCGGGCCGAGAACGGCGUGUAUGCGGGACCAUUACGUUUACUAGCGUUGGAGGUCCACGAGCGGCUGAACGACGCCGGCGUGUAUUGCUCUUUAUUUACGGGUCAAGAAAGACGAGAAGUGCCCUUCGCCACGCACGCGUCCUCCACGAUCGAGAUGGUGUCGUUGCAGGAGCGCUACGACGUCGCCGUCAUCGACGAGAUCCAGCUGAUUGGGUCGAGCGAGAGGGGCCACUCGUGGACAAGGGCGUUACUAGGCCUCGACGCGCGGGAGAUCCACGUCUGCGGCGCUUUGGAUGCGUCCGAGCUCGUGGAGGAUUUGGCGAAAAAAUGUGGAGACGAUUUUGUGCUCAAGACGUACGAGCGACUGACGCCCCUGAAGCCGCUACCCGUACUAAAAGGCUGGCGCGACGUGCGAGCCGGCGACUGCGUGGUGACCUUCUCGCGAGAUGAUAUUCAUGCGGUGAAACGACUCAUAGAAGAGGCGAAGCCAGGUACCAAAUGUUGUGUCGUGUACGGUACGCUACCGCCCGAGACGCGGGCGGAGCAAGCCCGGCUGUUCAACACGGAGGGCAACGGGUACGAUGUGCUCGUGGCCUCGGACGCGAUUGGCAUGGGGUUGAAUCUGAAUAUCGGACGAGUGUUGUUCCGACGCGUGCUCAAGUACGCCGGGAACGCUCCUUCCGAAGCUCGGUUGGCGAGUGUGGCGCCGGAGUACCGGGACGAUGCGCGACGGCUGGGCCAGUUGCCCGCGGAUCGGGCACUCGUAAAACAGAUCGCGGGAAGAGCGGGAAGGAUGUCCACGGCCUUCGGCGAAGGCGGUGGCGGCGUGGCGGCCAUGGACGAGCGCGACGCCCAAUACGUCCGCAAGGCGUUAAAUGCCAAACCAGAUAAAGUCACAAAGGCGGGCCUCUUCCCUCCCUCGGAAUUAUUGGCGGCCUUCGCGCGCGAGACGAAGAUAGCGUCAAAAACGGAUAUAACGGCCGUCGUCGACGCCUUUGUGAAUGUUUGCCAGAUCGACGCGGCGCGCUACGCUUUAGCGGGUCAUGUCGAGCUCAAGAAGGUGGCGACGCAGCUCGACGUGCCGUUGCCGUUGGAAGACAUGGUCACGUUCUGCGCGGCGCCCUGCAACUCCUCGGAUCGGCUGGCCGUGGCCAUGCUGACGGAGUACGCGCGAGCUAGAGCGCGGGGCGAGCGCGCCGGGCCGAACGUGCGCCUGCCGAAGCACAAGCCGCGCACGUUGCGGGACCUGCACGACAUGUGCGGCAAGCACAACGUGCUGGACUGCUACCUGUGGCUCGCGCACCGGUUCCCCGAGACGUUUCCCGAGAGCGACGCCGCGAUGGCGCAGAAGCGGCGGUGCAUCGGCCUGGUCGCCGCGGGGCUGGCGUCGCGGCGGCUGCAGCUUCCCGAGAAGAAGGAGGCCGACGCGAAGAGUGUCGCGGCGAAGCUCGUCGCCGCGAAGAAAAAGAAGCCCUCCGCGAAGAAGCGGGGGCGUGUUGUGAGGGGUAAACGAAGUAAAUAAUCACAUGGUC